UCGGGGUUUUGAUCCUGGUGGUACUUGGGCCGUGGAGCUUGAACGGCCGCAUGGGCCGGGGCGCAAGAGACAGUCGUGCUCGUGGUGGCUUGUGGUGGUGAUUGUGGUUAUAUGGGUGUGGUGGUGGCGAGGGGGGUCGUGGUUGUGGUGGUGAGGGGGGUCGUGCUCGUGGUGGCUUGUGGUGGUGAGGGGNUCGUGGUGGCUUGUGGUGGUGAUUGUGGUUAUAUGGGUGUGGUAGUGAGGGGGGUCGUGGUCGUGGUGGCUUGUGGUGGUGAGGGGGGUCGUGGUCGUGGUGGCCUGUGGUGGGGCUCAUCAUCGAAGGCGGUUGAUCAUUUCCUGAAACCAGGGAAGCCAUGUGUCUCGCGGACCGGAGAGAUCGUCGACGCGCUAGUCUCGAAGGGCGCCAAGGUUAACCCCAACGACAAGAAUACUCGGUACUUGCUGCAAAACUUUCGAGGACUUGUACCCGAGGGGGGUGGAUCUCAUGCUGAGGAUCCUAUGUCAGAGGCGGUGCCACCUACUAUUCUGGGCCUGUCGCCUACACGACUUGCUGCGCGGACAGGUGCAGCAGCUAUAUAUAAUGAGGGCGGGGCGGAGGGGGGUGCAAACACCGGUGAAGGGCAGGACAACAAUCAGCGGAUGGUGGUGAAGAAGCAAACCACAAUCAGGAAGUGGAUCGACAAUGCUGCCCAGAAGAAGUUGGACAUUGCUUGGGCGGAGGCAAUGUUCAGGGCAGGCAUUGCUUUCAACUUCCUGAACUUCGACACGACGCAGACUCUUCAUGAUGCGUACUUGGAAGUUGUCAAUGCAAGGUCGAAAAUAAAGCUGCAUACUUACAAGCACAUGCGGACGGUGAUGUUGGAUUACGUGUACUUGAAGGUUGAGAAAGCAAUCAAGCCCAUGACUGUGUGUUGGGACAAAACUGGUUGCACGUUCAUCACAGAUAGAUUGACUGAUUGCAAGAACAGACCGGUGAUGAAGUUCUUGGCAGCAGGGGAGAGAGGAGUCGUUCUUGUGACCACGGUUCACAUGACAGGGAGGAAGAAGAACGCGGCAGCAUUAACGAAGCUAUGGGAGCAGGUCAUGCGCGGGAUCGGGCUGCAUCACCAUUUGCACCGACAACACGGAGGUCAACAAGAAGGCGGCCAAGAUCUUGGAGAGGCGGACAGAUAAAGAUGUCGCGAGAAUACCUUGGGUUCCUUGUGAAG